AUGCCGAAGAAAGGGGUUGCAAGGGAAACAGAAAAAGCUCCCUCUGUAGAGGAGCAAUUACAGCACUGUUUGGCCGAGAUUCAAAACAAAGCACUUGAGAUUGAAGGGUUGAAGGCCAAAACGAAAGCCUUGCAAACUUAUAAGGAGAUGUAUGAAAAAUUAAAACAAGAACACGAUGCUUUCGUUGAAGAAUUGAAGCAGCGCGAAACAGAAUCUAUUCAAGUAGCAAAUUAUCUCCGAAAGGAUUUGGAAUUAAAAAACCGAACAAUUUUGCAAAAUCAAAAAGAUCUCUCAGAAAAUACACAACAUCAUAAACAGCUUGUUAGUAAAUUGGAGAAACAAUUGGAUGAGGCAAAACAGAGGUUUUCUGAGGAAUUGCAGUCAAAGGAUACGGAGCUCUUAAAUUUAGAAAAGGCUUUGUCUUUACAAGAUGAAUUAAAGAAAGAGUUAGAAAAGUAUAAACAACUGUACCAUGAAAAAGAACAAGAAAACGAGCAAAUAAGAAAAUUUUUCGACGCAGAAUUAACAAAAUCCAAACAAAUAUUUAUUAAGGAAACUAUGAGAUCUCGAAAAGAAGAGAGUGGAAUUCAAGAACAGUUCGAGAGGGAAGUUGAGGAACGAGCUCUCCAACUCAUCGACGAAAAAAGUAGAUCAAUCUAUGAACAAAACAUUCUGUUGAGGGCACAACUUGAAGAAUGUCAACAAGAGCUUCGCGAGUGCACACAAGAAAAAGAUAAAUAUAAGCAAGAAAAUAAGAAUCUGACACGGACUAUCGAAAUGAACAAAGAUCUUCUCAAAGAAUAUACAAAACAAUGCUUCAACUUGUCAAAAGAAUUACGAACAAUGAACCAAAAAUAUGAUACUGAGAAAGUGUUUGUUGAUUUAGAAAAGAGGUUUAACGAAGAAAAGUAUGAAUUGAAAGAAAAAUAUGAGCAGCAAAUUAAAGAUUUGGAGAAAAAACGAGAUGAGCUUUCAAGAAUUUUACAAGUACGAAAUCGAGAGCUGAAUCAUAUAAGGAAAAUUGGGAAGAGACUCCUCGAACAAAGAACAGAGUUGGAAAUGUUUUUUAAUGAGGCCCUUGGUACCGUGAAAGAACAAUUGAAAAAUCCUCCAAGUAGCAAUGUUGUCACCUAUGCAAAAACUCAAGAAGGAGGACAGAUCAAUCAAUCUCUACCACCAAUUUCUAAAUCUCCAGUACUUCCUCCAGAUUCCCAACAUCCACAACCAUCAUUUCCAUCUCUUUCUUGGCAAGAUAAAGAAAAGGUGCUCAAAAUUCUUUUCGAUAAGAUUAAUGGAAUUCCUUCGAAAAAUCCAAACAGCGCUCAACCACCUAACAAACCCCACCUCAAUAAUUCGUUCCAAGACAGCCCAAAGCCAGUGAAGCUUAAACUUCAGAAUUCGUUGGCAAGUUUGAAUCAAGCUUUUCGUACUGGAACACCGUCAAGCAAUCGAUCAACAGAUUUUGGAGACUGA